CUUGCAUGUCAUGAGCACGCAGCUGGCACUCUAAGCUCCACAUCAACACCCAUCGCACGCAGCAUCCAAACCAAUGCUGCCCAUGCGACAUCGCACGCUGGCAGCGGUGGCGAGGCAGCUCGCCAGGCGUGCCAACCACACCAGCCCCCAGCCGCCGGCAUCGGCAGCCAGCGGCGCGCAGUCACAAGACCAGCAGGCGACGUCGGCUGCGGCAGAGCCGCAACCCAUCACUGGCUCGGCCAAGCUCUUCCUCGAUGCGAUAGAGGAAGAGAGCAACAAGGCGACCUCGAGCCGCGCCCAUCUCAUCCACACCCAGGGCCCCAUCUGGACCGGCGAUGAGUCGACCCACGAUGCCGUCCUCCGCAUGCUCGUCGACGCGUACAAGCCCCUGCGAACGGGUGAAGGGAUCAAGCAUGACGCCUCGGAGAAGCGGAUACACGACUGGAUGAAGAACUACAACCCCGAGUUGCCGAGCCCAACGGGGCAGCCACAGUCACCACCACCACCUUCCCUCAGCCAAUUGUUAUCUACAGAUGGCAGCCCCCACCGCACGACUAUCCCUCCCCAUCUCCACCGCCCUUGGCACGCGACAUAUACCGGCGACAACCAAGUGUUUGAGGGCCCCAAAGUCAAGUAUGGGGAGAUGAUGGAAAAUCAGAGGUCUGACCCAGACGCGCUGGAAAAUCUCAUGGAGCUCAAGCUGCCCCUCGACCCGAAUGGAACGCAGAAGGCCAAGGCUAGGAGUACCCAGCACAAAAUCAAGCUCCAGGGACGACUGGGACGCGCCCGUGAGGGUGCGCUGGAUUAUCGAUUGGGGAUCAGCGAUGGCGACCUCACCGACAUUGGCGUGGAGAACGACGAGGUGGAGAAGUUUUCGGGGAAUCGCCAGAUCCGGGGAAGCAGCGCUCUCGGUGCCGCGCGCGGAGGUGCAAGUGGUAUGAAGGCUUGGGCGGGAUUGGUGGAAGACAGAAUACAGCGCGCACAGUCAACGGGCUUCUUUGACAACGUCAAGGGUAGAGGAGCGGCACUGCAGUACGACCCAGAAAUGAAGAACCCGCACCUGGAGACGGGUGAGGUGUUCAUGAACCGCAUCGUCAAGCGACAAGGCGCACUGCCUCCAUGGAUCGAGAUCCAGCAAGUAGCCGAUGCCGAUAUCCGUGGGUUCCGCUCGUUGCUUCUCGAGACCUAUACCCGACACCUGGUACGCGACAUUCUCAGCAAGAACAGCAUCGACCUUCUUCCGCCUCUACGCGCCAUCCCUGGGCGUGACGAGGUGUGGGAAGCACAACAUCGCAAGUUCCACGAAGAGAACAUCAAGCAGAUCAACAACCAGCUUCGUCGCAUGAACGCUCAGGCACCGAGCCCGUCCCGCAGGAGCCUGAUGUCACUGGAGAACGAGCUGAACAGGGUCCGAGGAGACGUUCUCCGAGACAAUGUCUGGAAAGAGCUGCACGAAAAGGUGGCCGAGAUUCGGGCAAUAGACGCCCGCGGUCCCCGCCGGCGCAACUCGAAGCUCCUCGAUGCGUUCAAUAACGUGAACAAUGGCGGUAACAACUUUGUGCAGCGUCUCGGUGCAUCAGCUGGCUCGUCAUCAGGAGGCUGGGGUAACGGCCCAGACGCCACCAUGCCGCACCACAACCCCAAUGCUGGUGGCGGUAUGGGCUUACUCGUCUUCGCUGGCGUCGGCAUCGGUGCCGUCGUUUACUACAAGACACAGGAGCCUACACGUAACGACGCUCCGGAGCCCGAGCCUGUCGUUGAACUCAUCCCCGUCCACGAGGAGGAGGAGGAAGUGCAAGACCGAUUCGUCGCGUCGUCCGUGUCGGAGGCACACUUCUCGCCGAUCCACUUUAUCAGGACGCACAUCAUCGAGCCCAUCCUCACGGUCGUCCGCUUCCUCCACCUCGCCCUUCUCUUUGGUCCUGUGAUCUUGACAUCACCGAUGCUGCUUGUCGGGUCGACAAAGCCGCGGAGGCAAGGGCCGAACUCUGCGCCACCCGAGGACAACUGGGGCGCGGUGUGGUGGUACGGUUUCCUCGUCGCGCAGAUGGAGCGUGCCGGACCGUCGUUCAUCAAGCUGGGCCAGUGGGCUGCGUCUCGCACCGACUUGUUCCCCGCGGCACUCUGUGAAAAGAUGUCCAAGCUGCACUCGAGUAACAACCCGCACCCAUUCAAGCACACCAAGAAGGUAAUCGAGACGGCGUUUGGUCUCAGCUUUGACGACAUCUUCGAAGAGUUUGAGCGCACGCCCAUAGGAUGUGGCGCGAUUGCGCAAGUCUACCGCGCCAAGCUCCGUCCCGAGAUUCUGACCAACACACGAUCCGAGGCCGAGCAGCUCGUCGAGGAGAUGGAGCUACAGAGCGGCGACAGACGGAUCGUGACCGAGGUCGCUAUCAAGGUCCUGCACCCGCGCGUGCGGAGGCUGAUUCGCCGUGACAUCGCCAUCAUGUCCGUCUUUGCCAACAUCAUCAACGCGUUCCCCGGCAUGGAGUGGAUCUCGCUCCCAGAGGAGGUUCAUGUCUUCGGCGACAUGAUGAACCAGCAGCUUGACCUACGCGUCGAGUCAUCCAAUCUCGAAAAGUUCAUUGCCAACUUCCGUUACCGCGGUAACUCGGUCACAUUCCCUCAGCCCAUCCACCUUGGCCGCAAUGGCACCGAACGAGCGAAGCAGGCUCGCCGGGAUGUGCUGAUCGAAGAGUACGAAGACGCCCUGCCGCUCAAGUACUUCCUGAAGAAUGGCGGCGGGCCUUUCGACGAGAAGAUCGCCAACAUUGGCCUCGACGCCUUCCUCAAGAUGCUUCUGCUAGACAACUGGACUCACGGAGAUCUGCAUCCGGGCAACAUCAUGGUUCGCUUUGUGCUGCCGGACACCACGGACCUGCUUCAGCCACUACUUAAGAGGUUUCAGCGGGCACCAGAAGUCGUCCCGCCGAUCCCCACCGAGUCGAUUUCCGAGACCUUACUCGUCCACGAGCUGCGUGACAUUGCAGACGACAAGGAGAAGUGGCUCGACCGGCUGGAGGAGCUCGAUAAGGAGGGAUACACGCCGCAGCUUGUCUUCAUCGACGCUGGCCUCGUCACCAGCCUCGACGCAACUAACCGGCGUAACUUCCUCGAUCUUUUCCAGGCGGUCGCCGAGUUUGACGGCUACAAGACGGGCAUGCUGAUGGUGGAGCGGUGCCGGCACCCAGAGCUCGCUAUCGACGUCGAGACCUUCGCUCUCAAGAUGCAGCACCUGAUCCUCAGCAUCAAGUCCAAGACCUUCUCCCUGGCCAAGAUCAAGAUCUCGGACAUCUUGACCGACGUGCUCUCCGCUGUGCGGACACACCACGUCAAGCUCGAGGGCGACUUUGUGAACACAGUCAUCUCGAUCCUGCUCCUCGAGGGCAUUGGGCGGCAGCUCGACCCCGACAUGGACCUGUUCAAGAGCGCGCUGCCAAUCCUCCGCCAGGUCGGCCGGCAGAUGAGCACACGCGAGGCCGUGACCAGUGUCGGCACGGGCAGUAUCUGGGCCAUGUUCAAGCUCUGGGUGUGGGCCGAGGCGCGGUCCGUUGCAGGCGAGGGGCGCGCGCUGGACGAGUGGAUCAAGUACGACUACCUCAGCCCCAACAUCUAGGGCAUAGACGGUACCAUAGACAUGUUGUGCGACUAGACAAGAACAUUGUAACAGGAGUGAAAGGAUGCACAUUGUGCAGGGUAA